UCACCGGAGUUGCGGAGAAAAGUCUGCGCAACGGCGCGCCUGCGCGUUUUUCCGCUUGAAAAUUUUUAAAAGACGCUGCCAGCCAGCGGCCUGGAACAUUUGUAAUCCGACGUUAGAAGUCAUCGGAUCGUGCCGACGUCCAAACUGAAACUAAAACUCUACAGCCUCUCAGCCCAGAACCCAUAACCCAAAAGAUACAAAGAUACUUCAGCUGCCCGUCCUGGACCUCGCGUGUGCGCCCCCCGAGAUCCGGCGACGUAUGUGUGUGUGUGUCAAAGAUUUUAGAGUUACAGUUAGUUGACACUAAUACGGGCGAGUGAAAUACGAGAAAUACAAGAAAAGCGCAAAAAAUUGGCAAUAAAAACCCAAAAAAAAAACCCAAAACGUGAAUCGCGAGUGCAAAAAAAAAACAAAUAAAUCCAAAAAAAAUAUAGGAAUAGGAAUAGGAAAAUUUUAGGCAAUAUUUUCCAGUAAUCUUGGUCGAAAUGGUGCGGUUAAGUGCAGCCUGGAGCUGCUUUCUGGCCCUGAUUGCUCUUGUGGUGCUGGCAGCCGCCUCCACGUCGGACUAUCCCGGUGUCAUCGAACUGGUGGGCUACAGCAAUCGCCGGGCACGCACCUACUUCCAGGAGUCACCCCGUUCCCAGCCGAAUCCCAAUCCCAGCCUCACCGGCCAGUCGGCCAAGACCCGGGCGGACAUCGAGACUGUGAAGCGGAACAUUAGGAAGUACGAUCGCCUCCUCGAGCUGGACACCAAAAACCUGCCGGAGCAGCAGAAGGACAUGCUGGCCAGGAUCGUGGAGCGAGUAGCUCGCCUCAAGGAGUCCCUGGACAUUGAAGAGCAGCAGUUCAACCGGCAGGAGGCCACCUCCUCCAGGUCCAGCCCCUCCUUUUCCUCGACGACGGCCCAGCAGCAGCCGGAGGCUGAAACCGAGGCAGGAACAGAACGGGAUCAGGAGCAGGAUCAGAGCACACAGUCGCCCACUGGAGCCACCGAGGCCGAGACCGAUCCCACACUAAUCCUGGACGAGACCACCCUGCUGGAGCUGCAGAACACGAUGAACGAACAGGCGGCGAUGAGCACCAUCAUGAAGGAGUUGCCCACCACCACGGACGUGAGCCAGCAGGAGGAGACCGACGAGUCGGAGGUCACCGAGGAGACAGAGGGGGCGGCGGGCGAGACCACCUCCCUCAACCUGACCACCCAGUCGGAGCAGGCCACCACCAGCGACGAGUCCUUGACCGAUUCCACCGACCCGGACGACCAGUUCGUGGCCGCGCGCUCCAACAACAACAUUGCGGCGAUUACCGCGGCGGACGAUGGCGACGGGAGCAGCACCACCACCACCGCCAACGCGGGCAGCCAGCAGCGCACCCUGACCACCAUGGGAAAGCUGAAGAACCGGGCCACCAAGCGACCCUUCGCCCACAAGGUCACCGCCGCCCUGAAGCGAGGAGGUCAACGGCCAAGCAGCGUGAGUGCAGCGGCGGCCAAUGCGGCGGCGGCCUCGAAACCGAGCAGCUCCACCACCUCGGCGGCCAGCAGCAGCGGCACCACCCAGCAGAAGCAGAAGCUGGCCACCACCAGCAGCUUCCAGCAGAAGCAGCAGCAAUCGAAGCCCCUGCAGAAGGUCACUCCCUCGAUCGGUGUCGCCUCCUCGUCAUCCGGAGCGUCCUCCUCCUCAUCGGCGAUUCCUUCGGCCACCACGAACUCGGCCUCCCCGGCUCUGCCCAUCGAGCAGCUGUACACCAGGACCCCCCAGGCCAAUAUUCCUCUGGCGGCAGCAGCAGCAGCGGCGGCGGCAGGAGCUGCAGGAGCAGCAGGAUCGGCAGCCAGUCCCGCCACCUACGGCAGCCAGCAGGACAGCAUGGUCUACGACGGACAUGUGAACGCCUCGGCGCUCAUCGACAGCCUCAACACGAAUGCCAGGGAAGAGUACUACCAGCAGAAGUUGGCGGCGGGCAACAAGGAUAACAAGAAAACGGCGACAGCGAAACCAACGAAAUAUCAUUAUUAUCCCCACAAUCAGCACAUCUAUCUGCUGCCCGAGUGCGCCAUCCAGCAGGUCUGCAAUGCGGUCUACGUCCGUCUCAACUACACCCAGCCAUUGUGCGCCUGUCCGUCAAGAUACCGUGAUCCCUGCUCGGCCAGCCUGAACGAAGAUGAUCAGCAUACCACAAAAUUGGUUGGCGAUAAUAAGAAGAAGGCCAUCACCCUGGCCAAGACCUGCGAGGCCACUACCGAGAUGCGCGAAUGUCGCUCCCCCAAGGACUGGUCCCUGCUCGCUCUGCAGAACACUCGAACUGGAAAGUCCCACUACCUGGUCAUUUGCCGCUGCCCCGAUCACUUCAAGAUGGAGGGACCCAUGGCCCAUGACCAGCCCACGUACGCCAGUGUGCCCGGAAUCCGAGUCUUUGGAAUGAUGUGCGUGAAGCCGGGCUACUCAGUGCGGAAGCCCAGCAACCAGCCGCCCAAGCGAUACCAGCUCCAGAAACCCUUCUACCGUCCCGCCUUAGGAAGCAGUGGUGGUGGACUGGGCGGCCAGAAGGACAGCUACGGCAGACCCAUCUACGGAGGCGGCAGCACCGCCGGCAGCUCGGCCAUCAGCGCCAACUACCAGCCGCAGGACCAGAGCUUCCAGAGCGGCGGCAGCAGCUCGUACCAGUAUCUGAACAGGCCGGAGAGCAGCAGCUCCCACAGCUCGGCCAACUUCCGGCCCGACCAGUUCUCGAUCAACAACUUCCCGGGCAGCAACUACGGACGCAACAACGAGAGGCGUGGGGACUUGCCGCCCAUCGAGGCUAUUGCCAGUGGCUCGGGAACCGGAACUGAGGAACAGCCGGGCAGCAGUACUCCGGCGGCCGAUGAGGAGGCUCGGACGACCUUGCAGGCGGAACAGGAAGCGGACACGGCGGCGGCGGGCAACCCACCGGCGGCAGCGGAGCUCACCACCAUGGCGGAGGAGGCGGCGCCCGAGGGCCGGGCCAAGCGGUCCCUCCCAGAAACGGACGACUACGAGCCGGAGUUCCCAUGGGACCGUGUCCUCGAGUUCCAGCAGAGCAUCAUUUGGGACUAAGUUUGCGACUAAUCCUAGUAGAAACAAUUUCAAUGGCAAUUGGCUAUUUUUUGGCCAAAAAGUGCAGAAAAAAAGAAAACAAAACUGUGACUGAAGAGGUUUGGAUGAAAAAUACGGAAAAUGGCCUCUUAAGAGGAGGUCUUCGAGAGGAGUUCACGUCACGUAACGUAACGUAACGUCUAGCGUAGCGUAACGUAAUUAGGAGCUAAGCUUUUCUUUUAAUUUGAAAAAAUCAACUUUUUAGGCAUUUUCCUUGGCAUCUCUUCCAGCGACCAGCGAUCACACGACCAUCACCACCAAACACCACACGACACCACACCACUCCACCUUACUCCACUUAAUUUAUAUAUUUAAACAUACAUGUAUUUAUUUACAAAACAAUUUACGAAUUAAUUAAACAAUUAAUUAAACACGUGCCCGGGCACCAUCGCACUAAUUGUUUAAUUAAUUUGUUUUGCAUUUAAGCGUAAACAAGGCCUCAACUUUUAAAACUAAUAUUUAAACAAUUAUCGAAUAGUUUAGGUGCAAAACUGGAAUCUGUUUUAAAAGGAUCACGACAUUUAACGAUAAUUUAAACAAAAGAAUAGAAAAAAAGGAUAUGAACACACUCCAAAAUUAUUAAAAACCCUAAAUUUAGAAGCUUAUUUAUGUUUAGACCUAAGCUGCAUUUACUAGUAGUUAAAUAAAAUACUAUUUUAAAAAUAA